CUGUGGCAUCAGGGGAGUACUGGAACAAAUACAACUGUGGUACAACACAGCUUCAUUUUGGAUCUGGAAAUUUACCCCCACAGGAAGCCGACUGUGGAUUAACCCGCCAGGAGUCUCCUGGGACGCUGAGCCCAGGUGAAAAAAGCUGAAGUGCCACCUCCCACAUCGUCUGGAACUGUCAAGUGCUACAGAUGUGGCCAACAUGGGCACCGGGCUGCAGAAUGCUUGGCCCUGGCCCCAGUUCCCCGAACUCGACCUCCAGCCAUGACUGCAACAUGGAGGACCCUGCGGAAGCUGCCCAACAAAGGACAAUUCACUAGACAGGCUAUGGAAGUUCCGCUCCUCCAAAAUGAACUCCAACCAGCGAAACUCCUCCAGUCCCCAUAGGGGAAAGCAGCAGUGAUGACAACCCAAUGGUCAAAGCAAUCAUCUGGCUUCUCUUCUCUCCAAGUUUCAAAAGAUGGAAGCCUUUAUCAACCGUACUGGACCAGGUGGAGAUUUGGAACUGCAAAACUGCGGAAGUGAACAUUUCCUCUAUUUUGCCUAUGGUAGUAACUUGUUGCGGGAAAGAAUAAUGUUAAGAAACCCUUCUGUGGUUUUCCUUACCAUAGCACAACUACUGGAUUAUAAACUUGCUUUUGGCUCUCAUCAAGGGAAACCAAGUCUUCAGUGGAAAGGAGGUACAGCUACUAUUGUCUAUAGCCCUGGUGAAGAAGUAUGGGGGAUAAUAUGGAAAAUGAAUACUAGCGAUUUAUAUUCUCUGGAUAGACAAGAAGGAGUAGAAAAUGGCAUUUAUAUUCCAAUUGAAGUAACAAUUCAGACUCAGGAUGAGAAAAUAGUUAAAUGUCGUAGUUAUCAGAUGAAUGACUAUGUCCUUGAUCUUCCUUCUCCACAAUAUAAGAAGGUCAUCUGUUUGGGUGCAAAACAGAAUGAAUUGCCAGUGGAUUAUCAAAAGAAAUUAAAUUCUAUAGAGACUAACAACUCUGCAGGACCUGUACCAAUGUUUGAGGAAAUUGAAGCUGCUCUCAAUUCAUCAGGGAAACAAAAUAAUGAAGAUCAAUUUUAGUAUAAUUUGCUUUUACUGUCUUGGCAUCUUGUGUGUCUAUUUCUCUUAUAUUACAAUAGCUUAGAUAUAAUUCAGGGGUGUCAAACUCACGACCUACAGGCCACAUGCGUCACACGCUAGCCAUGCCCAUGCCCGGUUUAGUGAAGGGAAAGAGUCAUGAUACGUCACGUGACAACUCUGUGGCGAUGCAAGUUUGACACCCCUGAUAUAAUUAAUAUCAAAAUAACGGGAGGAUACUAUAUACAUAUACACCAUAAGGUAUAAGAUGAUAUUUGAUUAUUGCUUUCCUUUAUCUUUUUCUGUUUCUGUUUUUCUGCAAUAAAUUGAGACUAGGAAUGAUUUCCAAA